UGGAGUUGCUGCUGGCCACCACCCUCAACGGGUCUGCACCCAGCCAGGAACCAUCCAGCACUCCCCAGCCUGGUUAUGCCUCAUCUGCACUUUAUCUGUAUUAUUGACUGAGUUUGUGCUGGAGUAGGAUCCUGAAUAUCUGCUGGACUAGUGGUUGAUUUUAAAUCUCCUCCACUUUAUGUCCUGCAUCAUCAAAACUGUGUCCAGCUACAGCUCUGGGAUAGAUCUGUUGUAGAGACUGAGUCUGGUACGGGAACUUAACUGAGCCUUCUUUGUUAACUUUUACAAUGACUGGGACAGAAGUUGAGCCUGGUGCCCAGGCCAAGCCUGAAAAGAAGGCUGGAGAAGAGGGCGUGGGAGGGCCUGAGAAUGAAGUCCCUUUGGUUGUCAGACCCAAAGUUAGACCCCAAACCCAGGUAACUCCUGAAGCGAACCCUAAAACUGAGUCCAAGUCAGUGCCUGGGGCAAGGCCCAAAAAUGAAUCAACAGCCACGUCUGGGGCAAGGUCCAAAUCAGAGGCCUCAGCAAUGGCUGGAGCAAGGCCCAAAACUGAGUCCCCAGCAGUGGUUGGGGCAAGGCCCAAAAUUGAAGGGAGGGCAGUAGGUGCUGCGCAACCUAAGACUGAGGCCAACGCAAUCCCGGGAGCAAGGACUAAGGAUGAUGCUCUGGCAUGGUCACAGACUGAGUUUGGGGUCCAUGCAAUGUCACAGUCAGAUGGAACAUCCCAGACUAAUGCUGUCACCUGGCCACUGGUCAGUACUGAUUCUGGGUCAGGUACUACAUCCAAUGGCUUGUCUAUGGUUGAGGAAGUGGUAAAUGCAGACACUGAAUCCUUUUCUGGCUCUCAGGGCCAGACAGGACUCCAGCCCUGGUUUGGACAAAGGGAGGAGACUAAUGGGGGUUCUUGGUGCCAUCCCAGGCCCAGAGCCAGAGAGGAAGCCUCUAAUGAAUCUGGAUUUGGGUCAGCAGAUGAGACCUCUGCUGUGUCGUCUUUGUGGGCUGGAGAAGAAACUAGUAUCAGAUCAUGGCCCAGGGAAGAGGCUAAUACCAGGUCCACACACAGGGCUAAACAUCAGACUAACCCCAAGACCAGGCCUAGAUCCAAGCAAGAGACCUAUUUUGAAUCUUGGUCUGGGUCUGAGGAAGAGGCUGGCAACCCAUUCAGCUUUUGGGCUGGUGAAAAUACCAAUAAUUUGUUCAGGCCCAAAAUGAGAGAAGAGACAAAUAUCAGGUCCAAGCUCAAAACAAAGAAAGAGGAAUGUUUUGAAUCUGAGUCUGAAGAUGAGUACUAUAAGGAGUCCUGGUUUCUGCCUGGAGAAGAACCCAAGAGUAGAUUCAGGCCCAAAGACAAGGAAGAGCCUAAUGACAUCUUGAAAUCCAGGGCCCAGAAAGAUACUAAACACAAUGACAGAGCUGAGCAAGAGACCAGGUAUGAGGAGGAAGUUAUUAUUGGGUCCUGGUUCUGGGCAGAAAAAGAGGCCAGUUUGGAAGCUGGAGCUGCUGCAAUUUGUGACUCUGAGUCAGGGGCUGAGGAGGGGGCCAUUGGUGGAUCCUUGUUCUGGACUGAAGAAAAGUCCAGUUUGGGGGCUUUGGCCAGAGAAGAGGCCAGGCCUGAGUCUGAAGAAGAGGCCGUAUUUGGAUCCUGGUUCUGGGAUAGAGAUGAGGCCUGCUUUGACUUAAAUCCUAGUCCUGUGUAUAGGGUCAAUUGCAGGUUUAGAGAUUCAGUGGUGGAAGAACCUAGUGUAUCAACUAGGCCCCAAACCUGGGAUGAGGUCACUGUUCAGUUCAAACGUCCAUGCCGUGCCAUUGGCUUCCCACCCAUAACCUCUUUUAGAAUUCCCGAAGGUUCUGAUGAAGUGAUUGAGGCAAAGCCCAAGAACCUGGAAGGGGAAGAGGAAGAAUUUUUGUUUGCACCUGAUCAGUUUGAAUCUGUAUACCCAUUUCAGUAUGAUCCUUCCUAUCGGUCAGUCCAAGAAAUUCGUGAACAUUUUAAGAUCAGGGAAAAUGCAGAUCCUGAGAAUUGGUCUUGCAGCUGCAUACAGUGUGAGCUUAAAAUUGGGGCUGCAGAGUUCGAAGAACUUCUUCUAUUAAUGGAUAAAAUUCGGGAUCCUUUUAUUCAAGAAAUCUCUAAAAUUGCAAUGGGUAUGAGAAGUGCUUCUCAGUUUACCCGAGAUUUCAUUCGGGAUUCAGGUGUUGUCUCUCUCAUUGAAACAUUGCUGAAUUAUCCGUCCUCCCGUGUUAGGACAAGUUUCUUGGAAAACAUGAUUCACUUGGCUCCACCAUAUCCAAAUCUAAAUAUGAUUGAGACAUUCAUAUGCCAAGUGUGUGAGGAAACCCUUGCUCAUGGUGUGGAUUCUCCUGAGCAGCUGACUGGAAUAAUGAUGCUGAGGCAUCUCACUAUGACUACUGACUAUCAUACACUGGUUGCCAAUUAUAUGUCUGGGUUUCUUUCCUUGUUAACCACAGGCAAUGCAAGAACAAAGUUUCAUGUUCUGAAAAUGCUCCUGAAUUUGUCUGAAAAUCUUAAGGUGGCAAAAAAGCUAUUCAGUGCCAAAGCUCUGACAAUAUUUGUGGGUCUUUUUAACAUAGAAGAGACAAAUGAUAAUAUUCAGAUUGUUAUUAAAAUGUUUCGGAAUAUCAGUAAUAUCAUAAGAAGUGGGGCAAUGGCCUUCAUUGAUGAUGAUUUCAGUCUUGAGCCACUUAUUUCUGCAUUCCAUGAAUUUGAGGAGUUGGCUAAGCAACUGCAAGUCCAAAUAGACAAUCAGAAUGAUCCUAAGGUGGGCCAACAGAGUUAAUGUGGUUAACCACCUGCUGCUGAUCAGCCUUAUGUUCCCAAAGAACCCUGAAUAGUGCUUUAGUGUUCACAGUCUGGUUUUAUGUUGUUAUUUACAUUUUUAAUGCUGCUGUUAACUUAUUGAACUCUGUUUUAAGCUGGGUCAUUUUGUGGAUGCCAAAUGAAUAUUAGAACUGUAAACAUAUUUGUUGAUAUUUGUCUUGCUGUGAAAAUUGUGAAAGUUUUUAGUGUUGAGCUUGCGGUGACCUGAGUCAUCUGAGUAAGCUGCUCUGCUAUUCACUGUUUAAACAUGUGGUUCUCUACUGGAGUUUGUGUUUUCAAUAAAGUUCUAUGCCAAAAUAGGCACAAAUGACCCUUCACUUUAAAAAUGAGGUGUAGAGACAUUGUGCACACUUGUAACCCCAAGUAAUUAGUGAUGUGAUGAACAUAUAUGCUCAUUAGAAAAUCCCAUUCUUAUAUCUUAAGGGAGAAAUUACUGUGGGCUGUGAUACUGCAGGAAUGCUUCAGAGGAGAGGGAUCCACUUCAAUUGGUCACCAAAGGAUAGGAUGAGAAGUCAUUCUUGGAAGUGGGCCAUGGUGGUAUGAAGAAAAGCAUGUAAUUAGAAAGUAUGUUCCAGUAGCAUAAAUGUAUGCUUGAAAUGGAGGAGUUUGUGAGACAGUUGGAAAGUUAGAAUGAAGUCAGUUCAGCCAAUUCUUCAUACUUUACAAUUCAAAGUACAGGUUUUGCAUCAAAUGCCACCUAAAGGGUUAAAGAUUCCUGUUAGACUCAGGGAUAGGACUUUCUUUACAAUCUUAAUCAUGGAUUACUACACAGCCAUUGAUACAAUUAUGUAUACGUUGAUGUAUUGACAUGAAAUGACAUGUCAGUGUUACAUUCUGUGAACCAGAGAA